UCUGUCCAAUACGGCAGAGGACUUACGCCUCCAUUUCUGUAGAUUAUGCGUAUACAUUGUAUCAUAAUCCUGCGUCCGCGAUUUACCGCAGGAAUUGAAUAUUCCUUGCCUGAAAUUUGUCAGAAAAUCGGGAACAAUCUGAUGGAGUUCUAUCGAGAAAGAGCGUUCUGAUUGGACGAUCUCAGCGCCUCUCCUUGAAGUCAAAGCAAACUUUUAUGUAAAAAGAAAGAGACUCCUUCUUCUCUGGUUUUCAUCGUGGUGUUGUAAAGAAAAAUCCACGGGGAUAUAAAAAUAGAGUGCGUGAGAAAGCUGAAAAAGCGAUAUAGGAAUAGGAAGACAAUGCUGUAUAGAGACCUAUUCGUGCAUAUUCGCUACAUAUUCAUAUAAUAAAUAUAUUCGUUGCAAAUACUUUCUAUAUUUGGGAUAGACCUAAUUACUGAAGGAAAGAAAGAAAUCAAUCGUAUCUCCGACUGCGAUAAUUAUAUAACCUACAUAUACAAUUGGAAGAUUGAAGCACAGUAUGUUCUCUGUAAAGUCUAAUGUGAAAUCGACGUUGCUCUGUGGACCAGCAGAGUUGAGUAAAUCUUUUAUGUUUGAGAACUGUAGAAUGAACAUGGAAGAAAUAGUGGCGAAAAAAAUAUUAAACGAGUCCUUGGAAUUCUCUUGCGUAGCCCGAAUGUUAAUAAACAGAAUUUGAUAACAUACUUUAAAAAAUUACAAAUGUGAAACGUUGACCCAUAAUGAGAUAAGUCUUUCUAAGUAUCGAAGCAUAUUUGAAAUGUUUCCUCCGCCUCACGAAGACGUACAAGGAGUGGUGGGGAUAUUAAUGGCCAGUUAGCAAUGCAGGGUUUCCGUCAGUUAGCAAAGCAGUGCUGUAUACAAUAUAUAGCGCCUAUAACACAUGAAAACAUACAGAAACAUGAUAAGAUUGAUACGUUGUUUCCAAAUCUCAAAAGCAUUCUAAAUGUUAGCAUUAAAAGUCAACAUCAUUGCACGGUAGCAAUUUACUGGGCCGAAGAAGGACGCCGCGUCGUUUACAUUACACCAACUCCGUUGGAGAAACUGCCGAUAGCCUGUCACGAUAGAAGUAAUCCAGCACCCGCGGCUUUCAAGCUGAUGAGAUUUAUGUACUUGGAGGACUAUAAGGCUCUCGCAAAGCUGCUCAUCCAGCUACACACCUUCGCCACUUUGCCUUCUGUGCUCUUGAUCGACGACUUCGACGUCUAUACCGGUAGCUAUAAAGAAAGUGAGGUGUUGCAAGAUGUACACACUGCCAGAACGUGUUCUUUGAUUCUCGACACGAUGAAUUCUUGCGCGCAAAUCCUGAAAACCAACGUACAUGUGUGCGCUUGGUCCUCUUCCGCGUUGCAAGACAUUAGCCCAUACGCGAUAUACUUCAUCAACAUUUGGAGUAUAACAGACGAAAAGGAGAGUAAUACAAUAUUGCUGCAAAAAUACAUGCAGAAAACUCCCACUGAACAGUGUCCGGCCUAUAAAUACUGUAAACUCGAAGAUGGAACGAGAGUGUUGAAAGAAGUUCUGUACGAAGCUACGAGGGAAGAAACUUAGAAAUUCAUUUUGGGAUUACUGUUAAUUAAUUUUAAGAAUAUUAAGAAUACUGAGCAGGAUACGUAUUUAAGAAGAGUAUUUUACAUAAUGUAAUAAUAUAGUAGGAUUUUGAUUGGUCUAAUACAUUGAAACGGUAGAUUGUGUUUCUGUAUUUGACUCGCAUUUGAUAUUUUGCUUACAUUUCUUUUUAUAUAAAAACUCUAUUUAAAUAAUUAAUAGUUGAUUUACAAUUUAUUUAUUAGUCAAACAAUCGAUAUUUCAACGUAACAUAAUUUCAACUUUUCUAUUUAUAUCCUAUUUAUAUUUUCUAUUUUCUAUUUCUAUUUAUAUUUUCCAUGUAUGUUUGAUGAAAUACAUUCGCUGUAAUUUAAAAAGUAUUAUAUGCUAUAACAGUAAAACGAUA